AUGACGUUCGUCAGUCCUACACCUAUUUUCCUUGGAAUGCCUUCCUCUGAAGAGGGGCUCACACCUCCAAAGAUUCCCUACUUUACCGACCUCUCCUGGAAGAUCUACAAUCUCAAGUUUGCUCUGAUCGACUCGAGCAAAUCCUCCGCCAUGACGAAAUCUCAGGCGCUCCAGUCGAACCUGGACGUCGACUAUGUGAUUAGCUACCGCUUUGCGAAGACGGACAAGGCCAAAGCUGCCUCUCAGUUCGAGAAAUUAUGUCACGCUCUCGCGAGCGUGGGUCUGCAGACGGAAGCCCGCAACGGAGAUAACCACUCGGUGCUGCUCUUCGUAAGGGUAGCCUCUGACGAGCAUUUGUUCGGUGAAGUUUACAGAUCGAGAGUGCGAGACUGGAUGCACGGCGUCCGCUCUGCUGCCCCUGACAAAGAGACACGCGCCGCUCUCGAGGCCGAACCUCUCUACGAAGCCGAACGACUGCGCAUCAUCUACCAACUGAUUACCAACCCUACAAACGAAGGUGGAGCUGGCAUUACACCCAAGGAAGGCGAGUGGGAAAAUGUCGAGUCUGUCUUCGCUCUGCACGACCAUGCCUACAACAAGGACUGGAUCAAGAAGUGGACUUCGUCCUACUUCCUUACGACGGAGGAUCUUGACGAUAUCAGGAAUCGUCUCGGCGAGAAGAUUGCUUUCUACUUUGCCUUCACACAGUCCUAUUUCACUUUCCUGAUCCCCGCAGCAGGCUUUGGUACUUUUGCAUGGCUCUUCUUCGGCCACUUCUCGCCCGUUUACGGCUUGUUCAGCGCGCUGUGGUGCAUAGUCUUCACCGAGUACUGGAAACACCAGGAAGGCGACCUCAGCGUCCGCUGGGGAGUGAAGGGCGUCUCCAAGAUUGAUACCAAGAGGAGGAACUUUCAGCAUGAAAACACCGUCACAGACCCCAUCACUGGUGAGCAGGUCGGUUUCUUCCCUGCGCAAAAGCGUUUCCAGAGACAAUUGCUGCAGAUCCCCUUCGCCAUAGCAGCUACCCUGAUGCUUGGAACCGUCAUUGCAACCUGCUUUGGUAUCGAGGUCUUCAUCUCCGAGGUCUACAACGGACCGCUUAAGAGCGUCCUGGUCUUCAUCCCUACAGGUAUCCUUACCACGGUCAACCCCAUCUUGAACACCCUCCUCACUCAGUUCGCUACACGCCUUACUGAGUUCGAGAACUACGAGACCGCAAGUGCAUUCGAGUAUGCCCUGACCCAGAAGAUCUUCGUCUUGAACUUCAUCAUGUCAUAUCUUGGUAUUUUCCUGACUGCGUUCGUAUACGUUCCCUUCGGUACUGUUAUUGUACCUUACCUCGACGUCUUUAACGUGGCCGUUCGACCGUUCGCCGAGGAUGAGAAGCAAUUGCAUCUCCACACAACCGCAGGCACUUCCAGCUGGUCGAUCAACCCAGACCGUCUCCGCAAGCAAGUCAUUUACUUCACUGUUACCGCGCAGGUCGUCAAUCUUGGCAUGGAGCUCAUUGUCCCGUACCUGAAGCGCCGUGGCUUCGCUAAGUACAAGGAGAUGCAGUCCGAGCGAGCUGCGAAGAGCGGCGGUGCUGCUCCUUCAGCUGCUGCAAAUGAUCCAGCAGAGGAUGCUGCAUUCCUGGAGCGUGUUAGGAAGGAAGCCGAACUUGACGUCUACGAUGUUACUGCUGAUCUCCGUGAGAUGGUUGUUCAAUUCGGCUACCUAUCCCUCUUCUCCGUCGUCUGGCCCCUUACUGCUGUAUCCUUCCUUGUCAACGACUGGAUUGAGCUUCGCGCAGAUGCUAUGAAGAUCUGUGUUGAGAUGCAGCGUCCUACUCCCUGGCGCGCCGACACUAUCGGACCUUGGCUGGACUCUCUCAGCUUUCUCACCUGGCUCGGCAGCCUGACUACCUCUGCUCUUGUCUACAUGUUCUACGGUGACGGCAAGGGCCCCGAUGGCAAACCCUCCAACAUUCAGCUGUGGGCUCUGCUACUCAUCGUCUUCCUCUCCGAGCACCUCUUCAUCCUUGUCCGUACUGCCGUCCGCAUCGCCGUGUCCAAGAUGGACUCCCCAGGACAGCAGAAGGAACGCCGUGAGAGGUUCCUCAUCAGGAAGCAGUUCUUCGAGGAGAAUCUGAGUCAGUUGCAAAAGCUCCCCACUCUGACCGAUGGUGGCGAGGAAAUCACCAGGAAAUCGCUCGAGGAAGACGCCCGACAGUCGAGCCUCAGGGAGACUACCCCUGAGACGCGCUUCUGGAGCCGCCAGCGGGGUUGGAGGGAGUCUGCUAGCGUGGGUAAAACGCUGAUUGAGAGGGCUGCGAUUGAAGCUAGCCCUGAGAGGAAGAAGGAGUUGUAG